AUGUUCAGCUCUGGACGAAGAAUGGCCGAGAAGUGGAGGGUGGGGGAGAGACUCCAAUGCCCAGCGGGCCGUGCGCGGGCGGCGCUUGCGCGAUACGCGGACGGGGGGGCGGUCGGGCCAUUUAAAUGUGUGUUUGUGGGUGAAAUGGCUGCGCAGGUCGGAGCGGUGCGCGUAGUACGGGCGGUGGCGGCGCAGGAGGAGGCGGACAAAGACGGGAAGGAGAAACCCCACGCUGGGGUCUCGCCGCGGGGAGUUAAGCGGCAGCGCCGAGCGAGCAGCGGGGGGUCUCAGGAGAAGAGAGGGCGGCCGAGCCAGGACCCCCCUCUCGCUCCCCCUCACCGGCGGCGUCGCAGCCGCCAACAUCCCGGGCCGCUGCCGCCAACGAAUGCAGCCCCAACCGUCCCAGGCCCUGUUGAGCCUCUGCUCCUGCCGCCUCCGCCGCCACCUUCGCUGGCACCCGCCGGACCCGCUGUCGCUGCCCCGCUCCCGGCCCCGGGCACCUCGGCCCUCUUCACCUUCUCGCCCCUGACGGUGAGCGCAGCCGGGCCCAAGCAUAAGGGCCACAAGGAGCGGCACAAGCACCAUCACCACCGCGGCUCUGAUGGUGACCCCGGCCCCUGCGCUCCGGGAGAGCUCAAGCACAAGGACAAGCAGGAAAACGGCGAGAGGACAGGAGGGGUGCCUCUCCUCAAGGCCCCCAAGAGAGAAACACCAGAUGAAAAUGGUAAAACCCAGAGAGCUGAUGAUUUUGUCUUGAAGAAAAUAAAGAAGAAAAAGAAAAAGAAACACCGAGAAGAUAUGCGAGGAAGACGCCUUAAAAUGUACAAUAAGGAAGUACAAACCAUCUGUGCUGGCCUGACCCGCAUCAGUAAGGAAAUCCUCACCCAAGGACAAAUAAAUAGCACUUCAGGAGUUAAUAAGGAGUCCUUCAGGUAUCUGAAAGAUGAACAGCUGUGUCGAUUAAAUUUGGGCAUGCAAGAAUAUCGGGUACCCCAAGGAGUACAAACACCUUUUAUGACUCACCAGGAACAUUCUAUUCGUAGAAAUUUCUUAAAAACAGGUACUAAAUUUAGCAACUUUAUUCAUGAGGAACACCAGUCCAAUGGUGGUGCUCUUGUCCUUCACGCUUACAUGGAUGAACUCUCAUUUUUGUCUCCAAUGGAGAUGGAGAGAUUUUCUGAGGAGUUUCUUGCUUUGACAUUCAGUGAAAACGAGAAAAACGCUGCUUACUAUGCUUUAGCAAUAGUGCAUGGAGCGGCUGCUUAUCUCCCAGACUUCUUGGACUACUUUGCUUUUAAUUUCCCCAACACUCCAGUGAAAAUGGAAAUUCUGGGCAAGAAAGAUAUUGAAACAACCACCAUUUCAAAUUUUCACACUCAGGUCAACAGGACAUACUGCUGUGGCACCUACCGAGCAGGUCCUAUGCGGCAGAUAAGUCUCGUUGGAGCAGUAGAUGAAGAAGUUGGUGAUUAUUUCCCAGAGUUCCUUGAUAUGUUAGAAGAAUCACCAUUUCUGAAAAUGACUUUGCCCUGGGGUACACUUUCCAGCCUCCGACUCCAGUGUAGGUCCCAGAGUGAUGAUGGGCCCAUCAUGUGGGUCAGGCCAGGAGAGCAGAUGAUCCCUACAGCAGACAUGCCAAAGUCACCCUUCAAAAGACGACGAUCAAUGAAUGAAAUUAAAAAUCUCCAGUACCUACCUCGGACCAGUGAACCCCGGGAAGUCCUCUUUGAAGAUAGGACAAGAGCUCAUGCUGAUCAUGUAGGUCAGGGGUUUGACUGGCAGAGUACGGCUGCUGUUGGGGUUUUGAAAGCUGUACAGUUUGGUGAAUGGAGUGACCAACCUCGCAUAACCAAAGAUGUGAUUUGUUUUCAUGCUGAGGAUUUUACUGAUGUUGUACAGAGACUUCAGUUAGACCUUCAUGAACCUCCAGUUUCCCAGUGUGUGCAGUGGGUGGAUGAAGCAAAACUAAACCAAAUGAGGCGGGAAGGCAUUCGUUAUGCUCGAAUUCAACUGUGUGACAAUGAUAUCUACUUCAUCCCUAGAAAUGUCAUUCAUCAGUUCAAAACAGUGUCAGCAGUGUGCAGCUUAGCCUGGCAUAUAAGGCUUAAACAGUACCACCCUGUUGUGGAUGCCUCUCAAAACACAGAAGGCAGUUCUAAUGUGGACUGUGAUUUAACUGGAAAGCAAGAAUUAGAAGUUGACUCCCAAUGUGUGAGGAUAAAAUCUGAAUCUGAGGAAACAUGCACAGAGACGCAGCUUUUGACAACUGCUUCAUCGUCCUUCCCACCUUCAUCUGAACUUAAUCUACAGCAAGAUCAGAUGACUCCUAUUCCAGUUUUAAAGGUGGAAAGUAGACUGGACUCUGACCAGCAACACAGUCUACAGGAACACUCAAGCACUCCUGUGUGAUAUGUACAUAUUCAAACACAUUUUUUAACUUUUUUAAAUUUUGAUGUGAAGUUAUAGUUUUAUAACUGGCUUAAGUUAAGUUUUAUUGGAGAAAUCUUGCCUAUAAUUCUAUAAAGAGAAAUGACAUUCCACAAAUGUCAAGCAUAUCUUUUUUACACAGAUUAUGCAAAGUUAAGAGUUGUAUCUUAUCCCGUUAGUACAGUAUGUAAUAGUGGGUCUGCUGCUACUUUCUGUUUUAAGGUGUGAGGUAACAGUUCAAUCUCUUCUUCAAAUCAAAAUGAGAAUUCUCUGGAAUAACAGAUUCUUAUUUGGUAAAUUAAUUCGCUUCCUUUAAUUUUAUCUUGACUUGUCUCUUGCCAUUUUUGCUGUUUUUAUGAUAGAAGAUCAGAUUUAUGGUUUAGUACUUGUGCUCUUAUGGCACAGAUCCAGUUUCUACAGUAAAAAUGGCAUAGGUUGCAGGAAAGAGGUCCUGCAUCUUACACAUGGGCAAGCCAUUUAUUUAGUUUCAACCAUAAAGAGCAGGUAGUUUCUAAGGAAUUCAGUGGCUCUCUGAUUUCUCAACAAGAGAAAGCACAGCACUUUCUGAUCCAAACUGGUUUUUUUUUUUUUUUGUAUCUGUUAUUUAAAGCCCAGUGGAUAUUUCAAUUAAAAAUAUCUAAAGAUGAA